AGUUUUGAGGUCACGAGAGGAUAGUCCGUGGGAAAGGAAAGAAAUCCAGCCGAAUCAGCAGGAAACCAGCUAAAAUCCGAAACAGCAUCAUCGUCUCCUCCGAAUUCCUGACCACAUUCCGCCAUUACUGUCCCCCCCUCCUCAGUCAUCCCCCGCGAGAAUCAUGCCCGCUUUCCCUCGUAUCUGGUCAGCCAAAUCUUUCAUCAGGAUCACGUUAACUCCGUGACGAUUGACGGGAUCGUCAUCCAUCAAUGCGUCAUCAUGAAAGGCACGAACUUUGGCGAUUGUCCUCGCGAUGCGCGCAUGACCCAUUACAGCUUUUUUCCGUAUUUGGAAUAAAUUCGACGUAAAAGGGUGGUCGGUAUCGAGAUUUAUCCAUUCGAUCCAUCUGAAGCGGCCGUAGAGUUCCAAUCUUUCUGGGUGCCCACCAGGACUCUCGUGGCAAAUCCAUGGGGUUUUGAUGGAUUUGGAGUCCGUCAUUUCAAGAGCUCUCCUCUCUCGUUUCUGGGUUUAUCUUGAUUGAUGGGGCUAAACAUGGAUCUUUGUCCUUGUUUCGGCUCCAAGAAAGGGAAGAAGCCGAAACGCCAGGAGGACAGAGAUUUCAGCAAGGAGUCCAAGCCUUCAGGAAAUGCUCCUGCCAAUACGUUUCAAGAAUUGAGACUGGAAUCAUCGGUUUCGGAAGAAGAGCACGAGGUCGCCAACGAGGCUCAAAUAUUCAGCUACCGGGAGCUUGCAACAGCGACAAAAGAUUUUAGGGACGAAUCCUUGAUCGGGCAAGGUGGAUUUGGUUUUGUUUACAAAGGGCAAUUAAAAAAGACAGGUCAGGUAGUAGCCGUUAAACAGCUGAACAAAGCCGGUCACCAAGGUGACCAUGAGUUUCUGGUGGAAGUUUUGAUGCUCUCUCUUCUGCGUCAUCCUAACCUAGUCAGUAUGAUCGGCUACUGCGCCGAGGGCGAGCAGCGUCUGCUUGUGUAUGAAUACUUGCCCUUGAAAUCCUUGGAUGAUCUCUUGCACGAUCUUCCUCCUGAUAGGGAGCCCCUUGAUUGGAACACGAGGAUGAUGAUAGCUGCCGGUGUGGCGAGGGGAUUGAACUAUCUGCACAAUGAAGCAGAUCCGCCCGUUAUCCAUAGGGACAUGAAAUCAUCCAACAUAUUGUUAGAUGAAAAAUACCGUCCAAAGCUUUCUGAUUUCGGUCUCGCCAAGUUUGGUCCAACUGGAGAUAAAACACAUGUCUCGACCAGGGUCUUGGGAACCCAGGGCUAUUGUGCCCCUGAGUAUGGACUGAGUGGGAAAUUGACGAAGAAGUCAGACAUCUACAGCUUCGGGGUCGUCUUGCUGGAGAUUAUUACAGGGCAUAGAGCUCUGGAAUACGUUGAUGGUCAUGCUAUUUACAUUGUUGAAUGGACGCGUCCAAUUAUCAAAGACCGCAAGAACAGCACACAAUUGGCAGAUCCGAUGCUCGGAGGCCAGUUUCCAGAAUCCAUUUUAAGGAAGGCCCUUGACAUGGCGGCAAUGUGCAUUAGAGAAGAGCCGAACAAGCGUCCUCCCAUCGACGAAGUCGUGCUCGCUCUUGAUUACUUGGCGUCCCAAAAGUACCAUCCCCACGCAUCCGCCAAGGUCGGCACAAAGAAAGCUCACAAGGACAAAUCUCCAAACGAGACGACAACGAUGCUAGACAAGGAGCUGGAGCGCGAACAAGCCAUCGCAGAGGCCAAGAUCUGGGGGGAGAGCUGGAGAGAUAAGGGGCGGCAGACCUCUCUGAGCAAGACCGAUGGCUUGAGUAGGUGAUGGCCGGAACGAGUCGCUCUAUGUUGGUCCCUCUUAACAUUGAGCACAGAGACUUUCGGAAAUCUCGGUUUCUGAUUUAUAGGCCCAGAUGGUUAGGCAAUUGGUAGCGAGACAUUGCAGCAUCAUCAGCGAACUAUUCACGUCCUGAGUGACGAUUUCAUUCAAUGUUAGGAAGUCAGGAGCGACCUUUAUUCCUCCUCGCCGUAUGGCCAUGUACAUUCGACCUUUCUCGGGUUUGAAACAUGCUGACCAAGAACAGAGACAGAUCUGCACUCACGAACUUGGUGGCCUUAAGCCUUUUAGCUGAACUUCAUCUCAAAAUUUCCGAGUCCAUUGUCUCAGGACCUGGUUCUUUUGCUGCUGCUUUUCAUAAUGCUGCAAAUAGAAGUUUUGGUGUAAAAUCUGGAAUCGAUUUAAAGUUAAUUUCUCCA